UGUGGAAUAUUUAGAAACCAGGUACAAUGAAUUGUUACCCUCGCAUGGAUAACGAACAAAGAAAUCACAUUCUUUACAGACAGCUACAUCAGCCAAUAUUAACCUGAACUCUUGUUUGUCACACAAUCGCGCUUGUCCUCGAUUAGAGAGGCAUAUAUCUGACAGCAUAACCGGGUCGAUAACGCUGUGCUUCAAAAUGUGGCCGUGGAAAUCUUCAAAUCGUCAACCGGACUUCAAGUAUGCAUCUGAUAAUUCCAAAUAUUACCCACACCCUCACCAUGGAGUUCAAAUUUCACAUCGUAUGGUGCAGCUCAUGUUGGGAUGCCUGUGCUUUGGUGUACUGUUGAUUUUAGUCAAUAUCUAUCAGUUGCAUAGCAUAACUACUGGGCAGACUGUGGGUGAUCCUGAGUUUGGAAGCUCUAGAAGACCUGUUGUUUGGAUGAAUGCCAGAAAUCUCAAGUCAGGUUACUUGAAACAUGUGAUGGCUGUGUUCAGCAGAAUUGGUUAUACCAGAACUGAGGCAAAAAGCCGCUUGUUUGACGUGAUGUGGGCCCAUGACUAUCCAUUUGGUGGAGAACUUAAAGAUAUGCUGCUAACCCUAGAGCCACAUCAAAAGAUUAAUCAUUUUCCAGGUUCUGGAUAUAUUACAAACAAAGUUAGCCUGGCAGUGAACCAUUUUCCAUUUAUUCCUCCAGCAUUUGUGAUACCAAAGGAUACAGACAAGUUUUUAGAGGAGGUUAAGAACCAUCCUAAGAAACUUUGGGUGGAGAAGAGUAAUAACCACAGAGGAAUACACAUCAAGUCUCCAAAUGAAAUUGACCUUCAUAAGGGGUCUGAUGAGAACUUUGUUCAGGAGUACAUUGCCAAUCCAUAUCUUAUUGAUAAACGCAAGUUUGACAUUGGUGUUUACACUGUUUUAACUUCCAUUGAUCCUCUCAGAGUUUAUGUCUAUGACCAGGAGGUUCUUAUCAGGUUUUGUGAGACAGACUAUUACCCAUUUGACUCAAAUGAUGAAGAUAAAUAUGUUGUGGGAGAUUCAUACACUCAGCCUUGGGAGCUGCCUUCUCUGAGGGAGUGGUGGCAUAAAGGAAAAUACAGCCGCAAACUGCUUCUUAAUGCACAUCUUAAAAAACAAGGUCAAGAUGUUGAUAAGAUAUGGAGCGAUAUUUACAGGGCUAUUGCAGAGGUUUACCUGAGAAAGGAAACAGAUCUCAUAUCUGCAGGAUCACACUUCAAAUCCACAAGGAACUUCUUUGAGAUGGUCCGCUUUGAUUUUAUCCUGGAUGCUGACUUAAAAGUUUGGCUUAUGGAGGUAAACAUGUCUCCAAAUUUGUCUUCAGCUGCGCACAAUGAUAACAAACUGAUGUACGAACAGGUUGUAUUCAACCUUCUUGGCUUAGUGGGAGUGGCGUCAAAACUGGACCACAGUUUGAAGUACAGCUCUCCAUCAGAGAAAGACAUGCUUGUUAGCGAUCAUGACAUUCAAGUAUUGUACGAAAGAUGUGCAAGCAGUGAAUGCUCCAAGUCAUGUUACAAUGAGCAUUGCCGCCUGUGUUUUCCCUGCCUGCGCGAAAAUGAACGUGACUUUAUCAAGGCUGCUUACUUAGAGCAUACUCACAGAGGAGGCUUCCGCAGAGUAUACCCUCCUGUAAUGACUCAAAUCGGUGAAGUGAAGAAGGAUGGGCCGACAUUAAGCCUGAGUUCGUCUAAUCAGCUGAUGUUUCAGUGGUUUAAAGCCAUGUGUCUACACGAUAUUUCAUGGUGCGCAUGACUAGUAGCAUCCAUUGAUUAUGAUAAAAUAGAUAAUUUAACGACCACUUCCAUCAUUUAUUUCUAGCUUGACUUUGAAAGAUGUAUCUCAGUUAUGGAAUAUUGCGGUUGUUAUAAAGUAAGUUAUUGUAUUGCACUUGGCGAGCCUUUUGUUUAGAUUUGGUCUCUUUGGCUUUCUUCCGAGAGACACUGAGUACAGUUCGUAUCAUGUAGAAAAUUAUUUUUUACGGUCUUCAGAGUGUCACCCUGACAUUAAAAUGCAGCAGAGACGUUGUUUGAGAGCAAUCGCUCGACGGACACUGUGUGCCAGAAUUUCGUUCUAAACAUACGUGAAAAAAUACAAUGAUAAUGAACGAACUGAAAAGUAAACAAGUAUUUGUAAAGGUGGUAAUUAUAUUCAAUAUUUUAAACGCCAAUAUGAAAUGAAACAGAAACUAUAUCAAAAUACAUAGUAAUAUUGAACCUUGAAAAGAUGUCGAGAUGUUACGUUGUACAUUAUUCCUGUUCACAACUUCUUAGCUUGGACACUUCAUACUGAGAAUAAUUCAGACUACAUUCAGAGACAAGACAAUGUUAGGAGAUAUUUAUGUUAUACUGUGUACUUCAAUGUUUUAGAUUUCUAACUAGAUAAAAAUGCUAUUGUGUCUCGUUUUUGUACGAGCACACACAAUAAAUAGCUGAAUUGUAUCUCA